UCUGGAGCCCAAAAUGCAUCGUAGGCUUAGCUAAUUCGUGCCAUGCUGAGAUGAUGAGAUCCGUCCGCCGAUGGCACGUCCAGCCGGGCGUGCACGCGUUCGCGCUCCUCGUGGGUGUUCUCUUGGGACGGAACGCACCGACCAUGGUCGAACCGCUUAGCCGCGGCUCCGACCGUGCCUGGAACUUUGCCUUCGGUUCGAACAUGGUGCCGUCCACGCGGCAGCGGCGACGGCUGGAGCCAUCUCGGACGGUGCCGGCGGUGGUGCAGGGGUGGGAACUUCACUUUAGCUUGCCGGGGAUUCCAUAUAUCGAACCCGCCUUCGCAGCAUUGAGACCCUCCAAUGUCAGCACACAUGGAGUGUGCCUGGAACUUGACAAGGAGAACUGGUUGCGACUGCUGGUGUCUGAAGGGGUCUUUCGACCGGAUGAAGCAAAUGCCAUGAAACGCGCAUCUUUACAAGAGGUCCUGGAGCUUGCCGCGAAGCCCACUGCAACUUUUGGAUACAGGCUCCUCCCAUUGCAGGCUUGCAGCUAUGGACGCUCCGCUGCCGGCGCUGCUUCCCCAGGCACCGGGCCUGGCCUCGUGGCCUAUGCCUUCGUUGACGCCCAGCUUGAAGGAGCUCCUCCGCUUCUGCCACCCUCGCGGCGCUACUGGGGACUACUUCGCGCGGGCGCGCGGCAGCACGGCUUGGACCGGAGCUAUCGGGACUAUUUGUACUCGCUUCCCAGGUACGUCCCGUCGCCGUUGAGUGCCGCAGCGCUCCCCACGGUCUUGUCGGCGUCGGCGGCGAAGGGCCUCGAGGGUCUCGUGGAGGCGUCCCGCGCGGGGCGUCUCGUGGACCUUGCAGCACGAGAUCCGCGAGGUGAGGCCUGGCCGACCCUCGACGGCCUGGCGUUUUUGGGGACGGGCACCUUGGUGAUUGGACCCGACUGCGCGGCUUGGUCGAGGUUCUGCACAACAUCCAGAGAAACCUUGUUGAGCUCCAUGCGCGAGCUGGUGGGCGAGGAGUCUCCAAUCAUCUACAUUGCAUGAGCUAGUUUUCGGCCAGGAACCAGGCUGGUAGGACCCAAGCUAGGAUUUGAGUGAGUUUCGCGAACACCAUGAGGGGACCCCGAAAACAGGUCCAGCCACCUGGGGCUUUUCCGAGGGCCAUGAGUCAUCAUCUCUUCUGCGCUCAACUCUGCGUGUCAAUUCGCGCGCAGAGUUGGGGUACGAGUCACUGCACGUGGCAAGCAAGUUACAGAGACUUGCUCAGCACUAAGUCAGUGAGCCUCAGACCACGCCAUCACCGAGUCAAAA